GUCGACAACUGUGACGGGGUCGUCCGAUGUCGGGUACAACGCCUCCCAUCGACUGCUGCCGGUGUCUGAGAAUGACGUCAUGUACAACGCGUCCCAGCGCGUGCUGCGCGAGCUGAACGACGCCAAGGCGACGCUGUACCUUCCCGUGAUCGUGUUCCUGGGCGUGCUCGUCGUUGUGGGGACGCUGGGCAACCUGCUCGUGUGCGGCGUCUACUGGAACAAGCAGUACAAAGCAUCGUCUCACUACUUCAUCCUGUCCCUCGCCCUCCUCGACCUCUUCACCUGCCUCAUCGGGGUACCCACGGAAAUCGCCGAUCUCCGCUUUCCCUACAUGUUCUACGCUCCAGCCGCCUGCAAGCUUCUGCGGUUCGUACAUUCGUCCACGAUCAUCGCGUCAUCGACGAUUUUAAUCGAGGUCGCCUUCGACAGGUAUUUCCGAAUCUGCAAGCUAGGACGGCAGUACAGUGUGAAGAAAGCCAAGCUUCUGUGCAUGUUGGCGAUUGUCCUUGGAAUACUCACGUCGUGGCCGUCAUGUCUGUUAUUUGGUCGCAAAACGAUAAUGGUCGCUCCUGGAGUGGUAGGAAUAGACUGUUCCACGGACGACUCAAUGAGAGGAACCAUCUACCCCAUGCUGUAUUACGCCUUUCUAUUCGGCCUGUUUUUCAUGACCUUGACAUUCUUCCUGAUCCUCUACAGCAGGAUUGGCUACGAGAUCUUGAGGCGGAAGCGGAUCCCCAUUGGUUCCAAUAUAAACAGCAGCGCGUCAAAGACGGGCGCCAACAGUCAGCUGUCCGACCCGACGUCGACGGAGAUGUCCUCGGAGGCUGAGGACACCACCAGCAGCGGGACCCACAAGAAGACGUCGCUGGCCGCCAUGCAGAAGUCCCUGGUGAAGCAGAGUCGAGGUCAGGCUCUGCGAGUCGGGAAGACGACUACCGUGCUGUUCGCCGUCACCCUCGCCUACAUCCUCUGCUUCCUGCCCUUCCUCGUCGUCAUGGUGUUGAGGAGCGUCAUCAAGGACUUCGAGCAGAAACUCGGCCCGACCGGGGAGGUGGUGUACAAGUUCUGUGUCAAGUCGUUCUUCAUCAACAACGCCAUCAACCCGCUCAUCUACAGCUUCCUCAACGCCACGUUCAGGCGGGACGCCAGACACCUCAUCAAACGAGUCUGGUGUGCCUGUUGCUGCUGCUGUUGCUCUAGAGACGAGUAGACAGGGGGUGGGGGGUGAACUGAAUAGUCGGUCGUGGACCGACUGUUAAGGAUAACCACGUAACCUCCAGCCAUGUUAGUAUAACAGACUAAAUCAGAGAUCUGAACCCUAUGUUGCUAAAAGGACGAUACAGUUUGUUCUUAAAAAGACAGAUUAGUUUGGUCGCGGGAAGAAAAUUCUAAGUAGUAACAGCGAUUUGUUCUUCACAAGACAGAUCAGUUUGGCCGCGGGAACACAAUUCGAGGUAAUCAACAUGGCGACCAGGCACAGAUGAACCUACGUGCAAGAAAAUGUUGGGUUAAAGAGUCCGAUAUGUACGAAAUCAAAAUCUCCUGACUAUUUUCCCAUGCCGUUUCACCAUUAUGGGAAUUGACACUUCAAACUAACUUGUGUAUUUUGGAAAACGGAUUAUGUAUGUGCAGUAACACCAGUGAAGGGUGGCUCUCACGUUUAUAACAGUAGCUAACACAUGUAGCAGCGUCACGAUUCGUUAUGUGUGGACACUAAAAUCGUAACUGUCGUACCUCAGAGAUGAUUCGCGGAAUCAGCCGAGAAGUUCCGAGUGAUGGUCUCGAACUCGAACAAUAAUGUUCUCAAACUGCAUAGUCCGAUAAUAAAAUCGUUACCUUAUUAGCGGUGAUCUGUCAAAGCUGAAUUCGGAGUAGAGCUUUGAUACACGUUUUAAUUCACAACAAUGUACUUCUGAUCGUCUUAAUGUUUGUAGUAGUCCAAUCCAGAUUUUAUCUCCCAAUAAUUUCGUACGUAUGGAAUUUUUUAAUUAGGAAAUAAAAGAAAGGGAAGUUUAAGCUAUUAUAAACAUUCGGACUAUCAGAAUACACCGGAUAUAGAGACACUGGCAUUUAAGACAAGAACAUUUUAUUUAACGUGCAAUUUUAGUCGUUAAAAAGGGCCUUAUUAGUCCAAAACAUCGUAUAAUGGCAGCAAAUUUAGGAGUCCCUUUAAAUGUCCUUAUAUGUUGGAUAUAAAACAGUGGCAUAUGCAGGUUAAUGCAUAUGGUUGGUGCAUAAAACAUUUGAUCAAUUUUUGAUCUUGUGGACUUAGCAAAUUUUGCUAAAACUUCAGGUUUGGGGAAGCGAAAUUGUCCAUCAAAAUGUAAAAGUUAAAAUAAACAUUGUUCAUCAACAGAAUGUUUCUUUAAUGACGUCAGUUUUUUCCUUUGCAUUGUUAUUAUUUAUUUGUGUUCUUUCUU